GAAUUUAUGUCUUUUAUCUUCACCCCGCUCUCCCCGCUCCCGCCCCGCCCUGAGAUUUUUCUGAGUGAGAGCCACCGAGGGCUGCUUUUUUUAAAUAAAUAUUAGCAAUAUCCCUUGAUAAUUUAAUAUAACUGAUUGUGUUGUGUUCGUCCGCUAUGGACAAAUGUGGGAUUUGUCUUAAACCUGCCGUUCAACUGUUUGAGACGGGAAAGGAUGGCAUCUAUGCCUGCUUCAAAUGCCAGCCGCUCGUGCCUGAAGUGACUAUUGGAGAAAAUGGCAACGACCAGACUGUGCCGCAGACCUCCACCAACAACACGGAAGAGGAGGGAAUUGAAACAUCAUUGUAUUGUGGCCUGUGCCACAAGUCUUUUCAGAAGAAUAUGCAGUUACAGAAUCAUUUGCGCAACCACCGCGCCGAGAGACGCUUCAUAUGCACAUACUGCAAUAAAGCUUUCUCCCAGUCCAACAAUUUGAGGGCGCAUCUGCGUAUCCACACUAAUGAGAGACCCUUCAAGUGCUCCGAAUGUGGGAAAGCCUUUACACAGGUUACGAAUCUUAACAAUCACGUUCGGUUGCACACUGGCGAGCGUCCCUUCGUCUGCCCGGAGCCCGGCUGUAGCAAGGCUUAUGCUCAGGUGACGAAUUUGAACCAGCAUCGCAAGCGUCACCUGAACGGGCGGCCCGUGGAGUCCACGUACGACUGUACCGUCUGCGGAGAGCAGUUCCAACAGCGGAACCAUAUGUAUUUGCACAGACGCGAAGUACACGCGGAGCUGAAGAGUCCGGCCCGCAGUCCGCCAGCUCGCCUCUCCUGCGGCGUGUGCGGGCUAUCCUGCGCCAGCGAGCGGCAGCUGCAGCGCCACGCCGCCACGCACGACGCGCCGCGCUCCGACGCGGCAUAUGUCUGCGUGUUCUCCUCCUGCGGCAAGCGCCUCGCGUCCGCCAGCGAGCAUACUGAGCAUCUGCUGAGGGAACAUCAGCUCCGCGUGCUCAGUCAUGCCACGCGACACCCGCCAAGACGGGGACGACCGCCCAAGAUACUGAAAGAUCCCUUGGAAAUAAAAGAAGAAGAUUACCAUGAAGUAAAGAUCACGAAAUCCCAGCCACAAUACUUGCCGAAGCUGAAAGUGCAGAGUUUAUUCCAGUGAGUUAGAAGUAACAGUACAUUGUUGUUAGCGCGCAGCAUGCAGGCGGUGCUGCGGCGUCUGCGCAGACACACGGGGACACAGAAAAACCAACUACCACAAACUAAAUCUUACUUUACCUCGUAAGCAAUAAAGUGCAUAUUUCGAUAACUACUCGUGUCGUAUGCUGUGCCAGUCUGCGCAGACCUUAGUUUUAUUAUUAUGAUUAUAACAUGUCGGGACAUUGUUGUAUUUCUAUACUUUAGGGCCAACUAGUUAAGUCAAAUUUAUGCUUUGUACUUACACUUUACUUUUAUGCUUUGUUUUAUUGCAGAUUUUAAAUAUAAGAAUACCAAUACAUACCAAUAUUGAAUUUAUGUGUAUCAGAGAUAAUAGCGGAUCUACAUGUCUUUCUUUAAGCUAUAAAUAUCUAUAUGUGAAAUAAAUGCGUAUGAAGUAUAAUUUUGUGACAUCGUAGUUUCGAGAAAUAUUUUACAAGUACAGCGAAGUAGUGAUAGUACGAUUAUUUUUCGCGCGACAAGAUUCUCAAUGAAAAAAGUUUCUUUGAAUAUGAAAUUAAUAGAAAUUAAUAAAAGUCUACAUUUAUGAUUGUAAUAAUAUUAAGUGAUAAUAAAUAAGUGCAAUUUACUGUAACAAGUUAAUAUUAUUGUUACAUUAGCGUAAGCAUUAACUUUCGAUAUUUUAUUUUUGUCUCCAGCCGUAGUUUGUAAGUCAUGUCGGGAUAUACAUAGUUUAUUUCAGAAAUAUAUAUAAUGCGAUACAUUUAUAUUCUCCUUAUAUAAGAAAAUCAAAUACAUAGCAUAUCACGUUUAUAAAUUAUUUACUUUGCUUUUAUAUACUUUUAUUACGAAGACUGUGAAAGGAAUUUAAAUUUUUUGACGUCAUUAUAUUUUUCUGCAACGAAUUUCAAGGCGUAAACAAGUAUUUUUCCAGUAUUAUAAAUUAUAUACUUUGUUCGAAAUUUCGUAGUAGUUUCGAAAGUCGUGGUGGCCUAGUGGGUAAAGGACCAACCUCAAGUAUGAGGGCGCGGGGUCGAUCCCAGGUCAGGCAAGUACCAAUGCAACUUUUCUAAGUUUGUAUGUACUUUCUAAGUAUAUCUUAGACACCAUUGACUGUGUUUCGGAUGGCACGUUAAACUGUAGGUCCCGGCUGUCAGUGAACAUCCUUGGCAGUCGUUACGGGUAGUCAGAAGCCAGAAAGUCUGACACCAGUCUAACCAAGGGGUAUCGGGUUGCCCGGGUUACUGGGUUGAGGAGGUCAGAUAGGCAGUCGCUUCUUGUAAAGCACUGGUACUCAGCUGAAUCCGGUUAGACUGGAAGCCGACCCCAACGUGAUUGGGAAAAGGCUCGGAGGAUGAUGACUUUGUUCGAAAUUUCGGUUUAAGCAUAAAUUAUGAUGGUUUACAUAUUGUUUUGUAAUUGCACCCUUUACUGUGACACUGUUUGUUGGAUAUGAUAAGUUUGUAGAAAUUAAGUGAGAAUUGUUUUAAAGAGUUGUAGUUCGAAAUUAUUUCCCGAUAAGCGUAUGGCAGCCAUAGCGUUAAACCGAGGAUAUGUUGAACAACAAAGCAAUUAGUGCAAUAAGUAAACAUAGUUUAGAAGCAAAUAUUUUACCACAGACUAAGUUGCGGUCAAUAGAUAUUUACACAUUACACCACGGAGGUCGAGGUCAUGAGAUUUCCUCGCUAGCUAUGGUAGAGAUAAGCUUAUCGUAGAUUGUCAUAUGUACGAUUUCAAUAACUUAUGUAUCGAUUUCCAGUACUGCCCGAAAAUACACUAAAGCAAUGAAAACAACAUUUGCCAAACUCAAUAGUACAUACUAUAGGAGUCUUCUGCGAGAUUAAUUCUGUACAAAAGUGAAAACUAGCUUGGUUUUAUUAUAAAACAAGUUUUUUUUUAAAGAAAUUAGUAGCCAAUAUAUAUCUUUUUUGAUACUUGUGAUUUCAGUUUUGCAUUUUUUUUUUCAAAUCUACUGCGUGUUAUAUUUUAUGUGUCAGUACAUAAGUUAUUGUAAACGUCAGAUAGAGAUAUAAUUGCGAUAGGAUAAGGUGCAAAUGUUCCUAUGAGUGUGUCAGAGUGUCGGUUCGAUUAUUGUCGAUGGAUAUAAAUAUGCCGCGUGUUCUAUAGUCGACCAUUUCAAUAUUUUUAGCCUUGUUAAGUGUCAGCAUGUCGGAGAUUUUUCUAUUAACAUACAAAUAAUUACGAUAAUAAAAUAUGCAACCGUA